AUGGUUUACUGCGGUAAGGCCUCACAGGGCUGCGAGCACUGCCGAGUCCGCCGUAUCAAGCUGUCGCUCAUGUUCCGCGAUGAGAGCACCAAGGUCAUUCAGAAAGCGCAUGCUCAAUGGGGACAUGAUUCUGCGUCAGAUACUACGUCCACUGUCGCUGUUUCGACCGCGGCUGUGUCCCGGCGACCUUCGAAUUCCACCUCAAUCUCAUCUCCCUCCCCCCCAUUUCAGCCGCCACGUCCGCUCUCCGUUUCUGCUGUAGCCAGCUUCUCUCCCAGUACGCAUCCUGAACCCCCGAAACCGGAUCCUCAAUGGAGCACCCCGUCACCGUUUCCGUCCGGCGAAUUGCAACGUUCGCCUUCGAUCGUCGUGCCCUCAGCUGCGAAUGCCGUGGUCGUCGUGAAGGAGGAGCCAGCCGAGCCUGCGCUGUCCUCGAUCUUGAUAGGACCCAGCCUAGAGGAACGCGGUAUUCAGUUUUAUGUCGACCGAUACCUCCUUGGUCACCCAGACGAGCCAAAAACGAUCGGCGAGCUUGGUUCGUCAGCUUGGCUGUGGAAUCCUGCCCUCCAGCAUGUCAUGGCGGCAGUCGGGCUCGCAGGCUUGUCGAAUCUCACGGGCAAUGCAGACAUGAUGGCCGCGGCGCGGCAAAAGUAUGGCCAAGCACUGCGCCAGACCGGCCAGUUGAUUCAGCCACCAAACGCGCCGAGUCUCGAAGUGACCAUACGGUCUGUCGUCAUGCUUGCCAUGUUUGAGGUCGUCAAGGGCACACAUCAUGCCACGGGCACUGUGCACGCUCAUGUCAUGGGUGGCGCCGCGCUUAUGAGGAGCUGGUGUCCUUUACCCAACGCCCCAUUUGGAGGGUUUAGAGCCUUGAUGCAAUUGUGUUAUUCCAUGCUUUUGAGUCUCGACAUCGAGCUGGGGACCUGGGCUGACAGUCUAGAGGGUCAAUGGCUCUACCGCAUAGAGAAAGCACCCGAUCUUCCGCCACGAGCAGUCUUUCGAGGAGAAUACCAUCUAUACUUCGAUGUGUGGUUUGCCAGGAUCUGGAAUUACUACCGCUGGGCCCGGAUAUUGGUGGACCAGAAUUUGCUUGAUCUCAUCAACCAGAACCCGAUAUCGAGUCUGCCCCUCGUGUCGGUUGCUAGGCGGGCACAGGUACUGGACACAAUUCGAGCGCUGGCACAAGAUGUGUUAGUCAGCACACCGAGCCAUUGGAGGCAUCCUCUGCUCGACGAUGCAGCUCAGAUCACCGUCGAGAGUGCAGGGGGUGGCGGGUCUGGUGCUGCAGGUCUGCCUGCCCUCCUGUUCCAGCUCAAGGUGGCCAGUUGCGCUCCGGGCGUGCCAAAAUCCUACUGGGCGUGGGCGCUGGACAUCAUACAGACUAUCUGGGGUGACAUGGGGAUGUUGCACGCUCGUUCCAUGAUGGAGGCUAUGCGUGCUCACCAGGACGCCCUGGACAGGACUGGAGUGGAGGGCAUUUUAUCCGACGAAUGGUAA